UGAUGGACUGCAUUAUCUUUCCAGACAGCUUGGAGCUACAGAUGCAAACCAAGAAGUUUUAUGCUUAGACUUCAAAACUGAGCUGAGAGGAUUCAGAUGUUUUGUAUGAGAAUCCAGGCAUUAAUAAAAAUUGUGUGAUCAUGGUUUUGGAAAACUAAGAAGAUAUUUCCUGGCUAUAUAUGCAGAGUUAUGUUUCUUAAGAAAAACAAGAAUUAAGUAAUUUGAUCUCUGAUGGAUGAAACCCACUGGAAUGGAAACCAACAUCUAUGAAGAAGAACAGGACUCACCUUAUCUUAAAUCUGCCAAGUGCCUCGGGACUCCAAAGGAAGCUAAGUAUGAAGAUUACCAAAGAAAGAUAGAAAAUCAGGCAAGUCCAUAUGAAUUUCAGAAUGUUUUACGGGAACCUGGGCUGAGUUUGCUGUCUGUGUCAUCCUUAUUAGACCACAAUGAGACAUCCUUGCAACUUGGUAUGGCUGCAGGGCAUGUCAGUGCCACCAACCAGUCUGAGACAAAGCACCUUUGUGAAGAAUUAUCCUGUUCUGCAAGGCACCUGCUACAGGAAGAUCCUUUAAACCUUUCCUUGCACACAGGAAAUAAUUUAGACAAGAAAUCAAAAAGGAGUCAUGAGAUCAGAGUCAUAAAACAUAAACCAAGUGCUAUCACAUUUUCUGAUUUCCAAUUUUUAUCACAUGAAGCUAACACUAAGCUCCAUAUUUGUGAGGCAGGAGAAGCAGAUGAGUUUUCAUCAGAAGAGGAAGAAGCAGAUGGUAGACGUGAUGAUGAUAUGUUUAGAGAACUGCCACUGUAUGAGACAUUUUCCAAUGGUCUUCACAGAAGGAAAGUUUCUCAAAGAAAGUGGGGUAAACAUGAACUUAUUAAGUAUCAACACAUCUGUCAUUCAGAAGACUGUGAUGAUCAUUCUGAAAAGGCAUUGAAGGAUCAUAACAAGGAAGAAAAGCACAUGGAGCUGGAGACCCAACCAGAAAAAGAAUCUGAAUGGACAGAUUCUAUGUCAUGGCUUAUGAAGAAACUGGAACAGUUGAACUUAGAUAUUGAAGAAGCUCUGAGUGGCAGCUCUUCUCCCUCUAGUACUCCUUCUAAAAGGCACAAGCAACUGUGCCCUGUUCAAGUAGAGACAGGCUUUUAUGGAGAUCAUCAAGAAAAGGGAUCUUGGAAAAAUAAAAGAGGAGACUACCAGGAUCUAGACUGUUUACCUUACCCAGUGUCAACUGGAGCACGACCUAAAACUGAUAUGCUGUUUCAGAAGCCGGGCAAGGAAAAAGCGGUGACAGGAUGCAGCAUGGCUCCCAGGGGACUGGGAGAAACACCAUUCCAGGAACAGAGGUACAUAACACCAAGUGCAGUCUGCACCACCUAUCUCUGUUCUGCAGUUGUAACACAGGACAUCCUAAUUGUCUGCUGUGGCACCCCAGAGAACACCUUGCUUAGCUGCUCCUCUUGCCAUCAGAUUGCUGCUGGGUUUCUAGGUCACCUGUGGCAAUCCAUAUUAAAAGCUGGCUGA